AUGCUUCUCACUGGUGGCUCUGCCGUCAUCCAGAACCUAACGGGCGCACCCGUAGCCGCUUCCGUGUUUCUUUUCCCCAUUGGCGUUGUUGUGUACACCCUCUUCGGAGGUAUCAAGGCUACUUUCAUCACGGACUACAUAAAUGGCCUGGUUAUACUCGUUAUCAUUUUUGUUUUUGCCUUCACGGUGUACUCAACCAACGAGCUCUUGGGCUCUCCUGGACGGGUUUGGGAGAUCCUCACUGAUCUGGCAGCUGAACGCCCUCUGUCUGGAAACUCUGGCGGCAGCUACCUAACAAUGCGCUCCCAAGGCGGCGCUGAAUUUUUCAUUAUUAACCUUUGCGGAAAUUUCGGAACUGUCUUCCUCGAUAACGGAUACUAUAACAAAGCUAUUGCGGCUUCGCCUAUUGAUGCUCUGCCUGGCUAUGUGAUGGGUGGAAUUAGUUGGUUCGCUGUACCCUGGUUGACAGCAACAACCAUGGGUCUUGCCGGUCUUGCUCUAGAGAACUACGACGUGUGGCCAACAUAUCCCAACCGUCUUUCUCCGGUCGACGUCGAUGCCGGUCUGGUUUUGCCCACGGCAGCCGUUGCACUCCUAGGAAAAGGAGGUGCCGUCGCAACAUUGAUCUUGGCUUUUAUGGCAAUCAUGAGCACUUACUCAUCCGAGCUUAUUGCUGUUUCGUCAAUUUGCACCUACGAUAUCUACAAGACUUACUUUAACCCCUCAGCAACCGGCAAGCAACUUAUGCGUAUCAACUACAUCGGCAUGGGCGUCUUCGCUUUAUUGAUGGCUGGUUUCGCAACAGGUCUAAACUACGUCGGCAUCUCCAUGGGUUAUCUUUACCUCAUGAUGGGUGUCAUAAUAUCGUCUGCUGUGCUCCCUGCUACCUUGACGCUGCUUUGGGACGGACAAUCAUGGGCCGCUGCGACUUUUAGUCCCAUCAUCGGCUUUGCCCUCUCUAUGACGGCAUGGCUGGUCACAACCAAGAUUAAGUACGGCGAGCUAAGUGUGACCAAUACGGGCGCCAAUGAGCCAAUGUUGGCCGGCAACCUGACCUCAUUGCUCUCUCCUGUCCUUUUCAUUCCGCUUUUGACAUUCAUUCCGCCUUUCAAGCCCCAGAAGUAUGACUGGCAGAGCAUGCUCAACAUUCGCCAGGGCGACGAUCACGACCUUGCCGAUGGCGCAGACAUGGACGUUGAGAACAUUCCCGAGGAGCAGACACAAGCUUUCAGCGACCCAGACGAAAAGACCAAGCUCGACAAAGCUGCCAAGACUGCCCGGUGGUUGACUGUCGGUGUUACACUUGUCUUGCUGAUUCUUUGGCCAAUGCCGUUGUAUGGCAGCGGCUACGUUUUUGGAAAAUCUUUCUUUACCGGUUGGGUUGUGGUUGGUAUUACAUGGCUGUUUGCAUCUGUGAUCAUGGUCGUUUUUUUGCCGAUCUUUGAAUCCCGAAGCACUGUAGUGCGUACAACGCGCAUGAUGUUAAAGGAUAUGUUUGGUAUGAGGGGAAAAGGGAAACCGGUAAGCGAAGGUCAAACACCAGGAACGAAAACUCCCCCAGAGGUUACUGAGAAAGUUGAAGCGAAGGCCUAA